AUGGAGCGUGGUGGUAGUGGGCCACAAGUCGAUAGCAUCCUCAGUAUGUCGAUCGAAGUCCUGUUGAUCAUCUGUCCGGCAUGGCUUCUGUGGACUCUACAUAUGCCUCUGAGAAAGAAAUUAGGCUGUGCGAUAUAUUUUGGCCUCAGAUUUCCGACGGUCAUCCUGACCAUCUUUCGGCUGCUGGUGUUUAUCAAAGCGAACAAGGAGACGGAUCCCACCUUUUAUAUGACGAUGCCAGUGGUAUUGACCCAGCUCGAGAUGCAUUUUACCGUGUUGGCAGCCACGAUUCCAAUUCUUCGAAAUCCUCUUGAGAAGCUGAAUUCUGGUUAUCUCAACACAACUCUGGAGCAGAUGGAUCCAGCUGCCAGUGCAAUAUACAUCUCGUCCAGAUCAGGUAGCAGCGGUAAAGGGCCUUCGAUCGCUCUGUCGCAUAUGAUCGGCAGCAAGCGACGUGACGACGGAAUAUCAGUGCAGAGAUCGGGCGAGGGAAUCGAGACAAUCGCCGAGGGAGGAUCGGAUACAGUUGAAGAAGGACAAAGUGUGCUGUCGGAGAGCUCUGACAAGAUCAUGAUCAAGCGGACAGUCAUGAUAGAUUAUGCAUGA